AGACUUUAUACAUUGGAUGCUUCCCAACCGGAUUUAGUUUACUGCCCUCAAUUCCUCAUUUGACUCCCUGAUUCAGGAACGACUAAAGUGCAGCCAUGGACCUCGGAGGUUUGGAGACGGUGGUGGCGAACUCUGCCUACGUUUCAGCCCGUGGCAGCGUGGACGGAGCUACAGCAGCCGCCAUGCGUGACAAGAAGAUGCGCGCCAGACUGAAGCUGCCACACAUCAGAGAUUGCGAAGAGAUGAAAAAAAAUGUGGACACGACUUUUGACACCAUGUGUAUCCAACAGCCCAUUGGCAAGCGCCUGUUCCAGCAGUUUCUGGACAGUGAAGGAAGCUUUAAAAGCGCAGGAGAGCUGUGGAAAGACAUUGAAGAAUACACCAUAUGCAAAGAAGAAGAGAGAGUGCAAAAGGCCCAAAAAAUUGUCAACAAGUACUAUAAAUCAGCUUCAAAGAAUUUCUGCAGCUUCCUGGAGGAGAAGGCCGUCGCUCGAGUCGUCGAAGACUUCAAGAACGUUCGAGGCGACCUGUUCAAAGAGAGCGAGAAGCAGCUGAUCAAACACCUGGAGACCAAGGCCCUGGACGGAUUCAAGAACAGCAUGUAUUUCCUGCGUUUUGUGCAGUUCAAGACGCUGGAGAGCCAGCCUGUGGGCGAGGAGUGGUUUGCGGACUUCAGGGUCCUCGGUAAAGGAGGUUUCGGAGAAGUGUUCGCUUGUCAGGCCAAGGCGACGGGCAAAAUGUACGCCAACAAGAAGUUGGAGAAGAAAAGGCUGAAGAAACGCAAAGGCUACCAGGGAGCUAUUGUUGAGAAGCGUAUCCUUGCAAAAGUUCACAGUCGCUUCAUUGUGUCGCUAGCGUACGCCUUCCAGACCAAGACUGACCUCUGCCUAGUCAUGACCAUCAUGAACGGCGGAGACCUCAGGUUUCAUAUGUACAAUGUGGAUGAGAAGAACCCUGGUUUUGAUGAGAAGAGAGCUUGUUUCUACACAGCACAGAUCAUCUGUGGGGUGGAGCACCUCCACCAGCACAGGAUCAUCUACAGAGACCUGAAGCCAGAGAACGUGUUGCUGGAUGAUGCCGGACACGUCCGACUGUCAGAUCUGGGUCUGGCUGUUGAACUUCCAGAAGGAAAAGACAAAACUAGUGGAUAUGCAGGAACUCCAGGUUUCAUGGCCCCGGAGCUGAUCCAGAAGAAGGAAUAUGACUACACAGUGGACUAUUUUACCCUGGGAGUCACCCUGUAUGAGAUGAUUGCUGCCAAAGGGCCCUUUAGAGUACGAGGAGAGAAGGUUGAGAAUGAAGAGGUAGCUCGCAGAAUCAUAAACGAUGCAGUUGCAUAUACACCAAAGUUCAGCAAAGAUUGCAAGGAUAUCUGUGAGGGCCUGAUGCACAAGGACCCAGAGAAACGCCUCGGCUUCAAAAAUAACUGCUGCGACGAGCUCAGGAAUCAGCCCUUCUUCAAAGACAUUAACUGGGGCCGUCUGGAAGCAGGGAUGCUACCUCCGCCAUUCGUCCCGAGUGCAACAACCGUCUAUGCCAAGGACAUUGACGACGUGGGCGCCUUCAGCUCCAUCAGAGGAGUGGUCCUGGAUAAUUCAGACACCGAGUUCUACAAUGACUUUGCUUCUGGCAACGUCCCGAUACCCUGGCAGGAGGAGAUGAUCGAGACGGGCGUAUUUGGAGAGAUGAAUAUCUGGGGAGAGAACGGAAAGCUGCCCAACGACCUCGACCCGAGCUUCGUGGAGAGCAAAGGUGGAGGAUGUGUGAUCCUUUGAGAUGGAAACAGAGCAGAAAAAUAUCUUAAAUUAAACACGUUUAGAUUCAGUUUGUGCUCAUUUUGUGCCACAUAAUCACAAUAUGUAUAAGAUGUAAUUUUUAAUGAAUUAAUUGUGGAAAUUGUGAUAAAUUAAGUUUUAGAGAUGAUUCCUCAAGUCGACAAACACCCGUGACACAAACAAUCAAGGUGCACGACCUUAAAGAGACAGCGUCCCUUAAUAAUAAUAAAUAUAAAUAAAUGAAAAUAUUAUUUGUGUAUUUACAUAUUAUUAUGUGCUGAUACUGUUAUAUUUAUAGUGUAACUGUGAACACUGCAGCAUUGUGAAAUAUCAAAUAGUUUGAAUAUAAAUGUGACAAAAAUGUAAAUAUGGAAACAACGUAUGCUCUUACAUGUGUUCUGUUAAGUAGUGACAUAUAAAUGAAAUAAAAGUUAUUUUGUAUAGAAACUUCAUGAAAUGUUUAUAUUAUAUAAAUUAUUUUGACCAAUGUAAAGCCACUGUAUUGACAUAGUGAUGUCAUGUAAUUAUUCUUUAUUUAUCAAUGAUGUAGCAAAUAGUACUACGUUAUCAUCUUGGAAUGAAGAGUUAAAAGCAGACAAUAAAAUCAUGCAAAGCAAAGACAUGUGAGUUGAGUCUCCUUUUAAUGG